UUGGUUCAGUCAGUGGGACAGAAACUCCCUGCUCUGCACAAAUCCUCGCCUGCUGCCUCUGUUACAUUGACAAGGGAAGAAUAUUUCACUGACUACAAACUGGGAUAUCCUUGCUUUUCAUCCACCAUUGCGUUCCAGGAGCGUCCAGAUUGUGAAUUGUAGUUUUAGAAGUGUUUUUAAUUCGGUUAAGAGGACCAAAUUCCCCGGAGAAUAACUUGGGCAGCAUGGCGUCCACGGUGACCCUGGAGGAUGCUCUGUCCAAUGUGGACCUUCUGGAGGAGCUGCCUCUCCCAGACCAGCAGCCCUGCAUCGAGCCCCUGCCCUGCUCCCUCAUGUACCAGCCCAACUUCAACACCAACUUCGAAGACCGUAAUGCCUUUGUGACGGGGAUCGCCAGAUAUAUCGAGCAGGCCACCGUCCACUCUAGCAUGAAUGAGAUGCUGGAGGAGGGCCAGGAGUAUGCUGUGAUGCUGUACACGUGGAGGAGCUGCUCUCGCGCUAUCCCACAGGUGAAGUGUAAUGAGCAGCCCAACAGAGUGGAGAUCUAUGAGAAGACAGUGGAGGUGCUGGAGCCUGAGGUCACCAAGCUCAUGAACUUUAUGUACUUCCAGCGAACGGCUAUAGACCGGUUCUGUGGGGAGGUGCGUCGUCUCUGCCACGCUGAGAGGAGGAAGGACUUUGUCUCCGAGGCCUACCUCCUGACCUUGGGGAAGUUCAUCAACAUGUUCGCUGUGCUGGACGAACUCAAGAACAUGAAGUGUAGCGUCAAGAACGACCACUCUGCCUACAAACGAGCUGCCCAGUUCCUCAGGAAAAUGUCAGAACCCUCGUCCAUCCAGGAAUCUCAGAACCUCCCCAUGUUUCUGGCCAACCACAACAAGAUCACUCAGUCUCUGCAGCAGCAGUUGGAGGUGAUUAACGGCCACGAUGAGCUGCUGGCUGACAUAGUCAACCUGUGUGUUGAUUACUAUGAGAACAGGAUGUACCUGACACCCAACGAGAAACACAUGCUGCUCAAGGUGAUGGGGUUUGGUCUGUACCUGAUGGAUGGCAGUAACAGCAACAUCUACAAAAUGGACACCAAGAAGAGGAUCAACCUGAUCAAGAUUGACAAGUUCUUCAAGCAACUGCAGGUGGUGCCUCUGUUUGGUGACAUGCAGAUUGAGCUGUCCAGGUACAUCAAGACAAGCGCACACUUUGAAGAGAACAAGAACAGGUGGUCAUGUACCUCAACAGGCAGCAGUCCUCAGUAUAAUAUCUGUGAGCAGAUGGUUCAGAUCAGGGAAGACCACAUGAGGUUCAUCUCUGAGCUGGCUCGCUACAGCAACAGUGAGGUGGUGACGGGAUCCGGUCGUCAGGAGGCCCACAAGACAGACCAUGAGUACAGGAAGCUGUUUGACUUGGCUCUGCAGGGGAUGCAGCUACUGUCCCAGUGGAGCGCACACGUCAUGGAAGUGUACUCGUGGAAGCUGGUUCAUCCAACGGAUAAGUACUCCAACAAGGAGUGUCCUGACAACGCGGAGGAGUAUGAACGAGCUACACGAUACAACUACACCAUUGAGGAGAAGUUUGCCCUUGUCGAGGUGAUGGCCAUGAUAAAGGGUUUAUAA